AUGACCGAUAGUCGAUUUCGCGCGUCACGCUUCCUCGGUGGAGAUGGAGAUCUCAAGGCAGGACUAGCCAGCCAGAGAGGAACCAAGCCGACAGAGAUUGAGGUUGACAAGCGUGUCCGGAAGGAGAUUCUCUGGAGACGUGAAGAUGACGGGCUGAGGCGGUCGGUGAGAGAGGGGGAUAGACAGUAUCAAAUGCGUUGCAUUUCCUCGACAAUUUGA